GCACCUCUUACGAAUCCUCUUGCCUUGCGCACGGCAAACUGGGCUCCAGCUCGACAUGGAAACAUGCUAUUUAUGGGCACCUCGUCCAACUGGGCCUUUGGUAGACGAGUGUUGACCAUGGCGCACGAGACACUCACUGGAGAGCCACUCCCUAUAGACAACCUCCUCUUCGAUGGCAAUGUCUACGACCUAGGUUGGGACGGCCUGAAAGAGAAUUGUUCUCAAGAUGAAUUUGACUUUUCGACUCUCCCAGCCCGAGAAUUUGCUCUCUAUCUCAUCAACUCUGUUCAGUUUCGCUGCGGCACACUGUUCCAGCUAUACGACGAGGACACGUUUAUGAGACAGUUUGAGCAGUUUCAUGGAAACUCUGAUGAGAACGAGCCCAUGUCGCCGUUGUGGUAUGUUCAUUAUCUGAUCCUUUUGGCCUUUGGCAAGGCGUUUGUGGUGCAGAUCAGCAAGUCAGCGAGUCCUCCUGGAUCUGAGCUAUUCGUUCAGGCCAUGAAGAUGAUGCCGGAUCUUGUUCUCCUGGAUUGCUGUCCGAUCGAAAAGAUACAGGUGCUUUGCUCUAUAGCAUUGUACCUGCAGUGUAUCUUUUGUCGUCCAGCUGCACACAAUGUCAGUCAAUAUCUUGACGAGAAAUACGUUCAGCGAUGUAGGCUUGUCUGGUCUACCCUCUACAUCCUAGAGCGGAACAUGGCAUCUCUUCUCGGAGUGCCAUUAUUAAUUGCAGAGGAGUAUAUCAGCACGCCAUACCCUAUUUGUCCUCGCAAUAAACAGAGGACAAACACUCUGGAGAUACAGAUCAAGAUAUCAAAGAUCCUCUCCAAGAUUCACCUGAGUGUUUAUGGGACUGAAGGCCAGCUCGACAGUCGAUAUCUGGACGCGACGAGAUCUUGUAUCGUACUGACAACAAGGCCAUUGCUCUACACUUUCCUUCAAUCAAGACUCGGCCAGGCAGAUGCUUCAUUGCUGGAUCGGUUAAAAUCGGAGAGCGUCAGACGCCUUGUUCAGAUAUGUUUGGAGUCUUCAUAUCGAAUCAUCAAGAUAUUAUCAGUACUCCUGGGCCAAGGACUUUUAGAGAAUUUCCUACCGUUCGACCUUGACGCAGCCUUCAGCUCAACAAUUGCCAUCAUCAUGGCGGCCACAAUCGACGCAUCACUGGUAACAGACUACAACCACUGGAUCCAAAGGGCUUACGCAGUUCUUGACGAGAUAAGUUCGCGGGGAAACACCGUGGCCUUGUUGAUUGGAUCAGAGUUGAGACAGUUGGAGGAUACCUUGGAGCACCUACGGAUGAAGGAGGGUUGGAUGACCAUGUCACUUGCCGUCAGUGGAAACCCACUGGACACGACGCAAGAGGGAGCAGAUAUUCCUAUGCCUCCUCCUGAAGGCGCAUUGGGAACUGGCUUCUUGGGGGAGUCGCCUAUGAAUUUUGGGUUGAGUCCUGGGCAGUUGCUUGAGCUUGCCAACUCUUUGGAUAUCGAUAGC